AUUAAAAAGAACAAGCACAAUUUCUCUCGAUACAAUCGCCACACUUCUCAUCCUUGCAAUGGCGCCUCGAGUUAUCUUGUUCCUUAAGGACACAUUUUCUACCGUCCUACCGUUAACGGCAACGGUUUGGGCCUCUAUAAAAGCCCUUGUUGGUUAUGCGGCAACGGUUUGGGCCUCUAUAAAUACCCUUGUUGGUUAUGUAGCAACUGCUUUGAGAUAUGCAAUGCACUUCCUUAUGAAAGGAUGGCGGCACGUUUUAUCUCUAAGGAUUCGAAGCGUGGCUCCCCAGCAAAGCAACUCGACCUCUUGUGACCUGAGAAAAGGAGCCUGGAAGGUUUGUGGGGGGAUUCUAGCGGUCCUUACAUUUAUUGCAGGCAUUCUCGCUCUGUGGAUAUCGUUAGGUGCUACGCGUUAUGCGAAAUGGACAUCGCAGAAAGACUUCUUGCUCUUUUGCAUGGAUGAGUCUACUCAAAAGUUGAGCCAUGACUGCCAAAUGACGGCCGAUUUUAGCUUGCCAGCUCCUCCCGGCUUCAACGACCACACUUUUGGGCGUCGCCAUGAGUACAACCUUGGCGUUUUACCAAACUUUGCAAUAGGACUCUAUAAGAGCUUUGAAUGGCGCUCCACCUGGACCCUAUCAUAUCUACUGAGCUUUUCCGGCUCAGAUUGCACUCCUGCCAGAAAAAGAUUUGGAGAAGAACAUAGUACCGAACUCCUAAUACCCUGGCUUCCUAUGGAGCAGUGUCGCGCUCGUAACCUCAUCUGGUUCCUUAUGAUGGUCGCAUUCCUCGCAUGGCAUCUACUGGUGAUAUCUUGCAUGCUUUGGAGAUGGAUAUCACUGGGAGCUGCCACUUUGCAAUCUCUGGGAUUCGACCGAUAUGAAACGAUCGAUAUACAAAACCUGCAUCAAGAUAAAAAGAGCGACCGAUCGGCUCGCCGGAAUCCAUACUACCAAGGCUUGUUAUUCGGGGUAAUGCUGGCUUCCCAUGGAUGUUUUUGCUCUAUCGUAUUUAUGGAUGCGUUUGACGUCUCCGUCGAGCCCAUGUUCGGCCCGUAUGUAUAGGACACUAUACCCACACUCCCGGAACCCGGGAGGUAUUUUGAAUGCAAUGGACAAAGAACUCGCAGAGGUGACCUUUUUACUUAAUUUCCUUCUUUUAGGAUUUUUUAUUAUCUCUCCUAAUCAAGAUAUUUGGGUAACAAUCUC